AUGCCGACCUACGCCAUCCUCGGAGCCACCGGUCAGACCGGCUCGGAAAUCGUCAAAGCCCUCCUCCCCACCUCCAACCACCUCAACCUGUACUGCCGAUCUCGCGCCCGCUUGGAAGCCAAAUUUCCCUCCAUCUCCUCCUCCCCCAGCGUCACCCUGUUCAUUGGUGAUCUAUCCGACACCUCCCUCCUCUCCUCCUGCCUCUCCAAUGCGGACGUCAUCCUCUCCACGGUGGCCCAGAACCAAAAUGAGCCGGGCUGCUCCGUCGCCCAGCGGGCUGCCCUAGCCGUCAUUCAGGCACUCGAGCCACUUCGUAAAGCCGGCAAAGACAUCCCAUCCCUCGUCUUCCUCGCGUCGGGCUCGGUCGACCCUCGGAAUCCAGCGAGAGACCAGCUUGGUUUCCGAUUCAUACACUGGGUCCUGCAUCACGUGUAUGACGACCUCGAGGCCGCUAUCAAGCUUCUCCAACAGGCUCCCUGGGUCCCCCUCAUCAUCGCCUGCCCCGGCGGAAUCGUGCAUGAUCAGGUGCACGAGGUGGAGCUGUCGGGAGAUAUCAAUGAGGCGUCGCCACUGCUGUCGUAUGCGGAUCUGGCGAGGGGCAUGAUUCAGAUGGCGCAGAGCAAGGGCAACUGGGAGGGCAAGUACGUGGCGAUGAAGGUGAAUAAGGGGAAGAAGAUACAGGGGAACCCAUUGGCGCUGUUGAGGUACUUGCUGCCGAAUCUGCUGGCGUCGUUGUGUCCGCCUCUGUGGUGGUGGGGGAAGGAUUGGUGGCCUGCGUAG